UGUGGCGAAAGUAACAGAGUGCAUCGCAUAAAGUGUUUUGCUGUGAAAGAUGCUCAAGAUGUCGUAAUUUUUCUAUUAUUUAGAUUUUAGUUCGUUUUGUUUAAGAUCUCAAGGACAUACAGAAAAACAAACAUUGUCGAGCAACAAUGGUGUAGUGAUUUGAUUGAUGGUUUCUUGGUAAGGUUCGCGAGUUUUAUCCAGCAAAAGUUGUGGGAAGCUAUUUUGAAAUCGAUAGCAUAUCCAGGCAAACUUCAACAUGAGCAACGUAGAAUCAGGCGAUGGCCACCUCCAUUCUGCUACAUCUUCGCACCUCGCACUUCAAGUGGCCUUACAAACUCUGCGUGAACGAUGCCAGUUCUUUCAAAAACGUCUCGCUACGCUCGAAGAGGAGAACACGGCUCUUCGGGCGGCGCAGGCCAGAUCACCCGGAGCAACAGGUCCAGGGCAGUUUCGCGAAAGGAAGGUCGUCAAUGCGGGCCAGAAUGAAGUAGAGACGCUGCGCGAGAGUGUCGCCGAGCUAACGAGACAGAAAACACAGCUUGCCGACCAUAUCUCGAUGGUGGCAGCAGAAAACAGGCAGCUGUGGCGUCGUCUAUCUCAAAUAGCCAAAGACUUGCCAUCUUCGUCUACUGACGGAGAGGGCGACAAUAAUUCCGGACACAUCAUAUCUUCAAGAAUAGCGAACACUCAGCGCGAUCAACAGCAGCGGACGGUGGCGAGCAGCAGCCAAUCCGGCCAGAACCUCAUUCGAUCGCGAACCUUCACGAAAAAUGCACCGAAUCCGAAGUUGCGGGAGCGAAUGCAACGUGAUGGGUCCUCCGAGGAAGAGAUGCUGAAUCUGGAGGACAUUUCGCUGCUGAACAACUGUGGCUUCCUGGAAACCGUCGGAGGAGAUUUGUUGCAACUUAGUUUGUUGGCUAAACACGAUGAAGAGCAACUGCAAGCGGCGCUGGAAGCUAAUCCAGACAUCCGACGUUGCACCGAGGGCUUAACUGACAUUCGAAACGAAAUCGUGGAACAGGAGAGGAUGUUGAAGGAUAUAUUUAAUAGUAUAAAAUUAAAGACAGGUUCGUUGUGUCAAAGAUGUCUAGAUCGCCAACUGUCCGGCGAUAAUGAUAAAAAGCAAACGAAAGAUGCCACGGUGGAGGUCGCGGAGAGUGAGUUUCUCUCCAUGGAAGAACAAGCGGCCAACGUGCCAGCUUGUGCGACAGGAACCAGCCAGCCAAAGGAUGAUCAAAAUGAACCCUUAGUCACGACACCCAAAGGUAGUACGCAGUUUGAGCUGUUGCUGGAGGAAAAGUUACGCGCCAACUGUGGAGUGGAAAAGAUAUGCCCAAUGUGCGGCAAACCGUACGGAGAGGAGACCUUGUUCGACGUAUUUCAGCAGCACGUCGAGUCGCAUUUCCUAGAUGACAGUGAGAUCGGUGAGCUCAGCCUGGAUCGCACGUACGAGUACAUCUCGCAGACGGUAGGCAACUUCUGACCAUCGCCAGGGUCGCGACGCCGUAUUUUUUUCUCAAGUGAACUUUAAACUCUGUCGUAGAGCAGCAACCGCAAAGCGAGUUUACAGUAUGGGUACAGGGCGAAAGUGUGCGCUGGCUUUUCGCAAUAGAUUUUAAUUUAAGAAAAGUGGUAUUUUGAUUUCAUCAAUGUAAAAUAUUUUUUAUUUGAACUAUUGAACCCGUGGCCAAGUUACUGAAACUUUGCAGUAACAUUGGCUUAAAUAAUGAAAGUAAACGGAAAAUGAUGGUAGCGGGAAAAAUUUGAAAUAAAAAUGUAGAAUAAUUCGAAAACAAAACUCA